AUGGCGUCCCUGAAAUCCUCCAUCACUGCCAUCGCUUUGAGAUCAUAUUUGGCCGAGUUCAUUUCAACCUUCAUCUUUGUCUUCUCUGCCGUUGGCGCCACCAUGGCUUCUCGGAAGAUGACGCCGGAAGCAGCAGCCGAGCCAUCCAGCCUGGUGGCUGUGGCGGUGGCUAAUGCCUUUGCUUUGUCAGUGGCCGUCUACAUUUCGGCCAACAUAUCCGGCGGCCACGUAAACCCGGCCGUCACUUUCGGGAUGGCCGUAGGGGGCCACAUCACCAUCCCUAUGGCCAUCUUCUAUUGGAUUUCCCAAAUGCUAGCCUCUCUCAUUGCUUGUCUCAUGCUCAAAACCACCACAGUUGGACAGCAAGUCCCGUUUCACACGAUCCCAUCGGAAAUGACCGGAUUUGGGGCAGCCGUAAUUGAGGGUGUGAUGACUUUUGCCCUGGUCUACACAGUGUAUGCGUCGGCAGAUCCCAGGAGAGGGGCGAUGGGGACAAUCAUGGGGCCACUGGCAAUUGGGUUUAUAGUGGGAGCCAACGUAUUGGCAUCUGGGCCCUUCACGGGAGGGUCAAUGAACCCUGCGUGCUCGUUUGGGGCUGCGGUCGUUGGGGGGAGUUUCAAGAACCAUGCUGUUUAUUGGGUCGGGCCCUUGAUCGGUGCGGGUUUUGCAGGGGUCUUGUAUGAUAAUGUCGUGUUUCCUAUUCAAGUGCCUGAUUCUUUGAGGGCUAUUUCUGAUGGAGAUGGAGUUGUGGUGGUUUAA